AUGCCUGUUUUGCACAGCGGUAUCGGCGGUGUGCUUCAGGUUGUUCCGCUCGCAGUUUCGCAUCCCUCUCACGGGACGGUCCCGGGGCUGGUGCUGGCGCUCGGGCAGGGAGACGUUGGUCAGCUGGGUUUGGGGGAGGACGUGAUGGAGAGGAAGAGAGCCUCUCUGGUGAUGCUGCCUGAGAAGAUCGUCCAGGUGGAGGCUGGGGGAAUGCACACCGUGUGUCUUGGCCAGAGUGGUGAAGUCUACACUUUCGGCUGCAAUGACGAAGGAGCGCUGGGGCGCGACACAUCAGAGGAGGGCUCGGAGAUGGUACCAGGGAAAGUGGAACUGGAGAAGAGGAUAGUCCAGGUUUCUGCUGGGGACAGCCACACUGCUGCACUGUCUGAAAACGGUGUGGUCUACAUCUGGGGAUCAUUCAGGGAUAAUAACGGUGUGAUUGGGCUCCUAGAGGCUUGGGCAAAGUGCACAGCCCCCAAGCAGCUGCAUACAACUGAACCCAUCCUCAGCAUAAAAUCAGGCAAUGACCACCUAGUGCUGCUGACUCUGGGAGGUGACCUCUAUACCCUCGGCUGUGGGGAGCAGGGGCAGCUGGGCAGAGUCCCGGAGCGUUUCACCAACCGGGGCGGAAGAGGAGGACUGGGACGCCUCUUGGACCCCCAGCCUGUACGGAUUAAAUCUGGUCGGAAAGUCAAGUUCCAGGAUAUCUUCUGCGGUGCCUACUUCACCUUCGGCCUCACCAAAGACGAUCGAGUGUUUUGCUUUGGACUCUCCAACUACCAUCAGCUAGGGACGCAAAUCGCCAGUUCAGUCUUCAUGCCACAGGUCACGGCUGCCUUCAAAAAUUCAACCGCGACCUGGACAGGGUUUUCUGGGGGACAGCAUCAUGCUCUGUGCCUGGAUUCAAGUGGCCAGGUGUACAGUCUGGGUCGUGCAGAAUAUGGGCGUUUGGGCUUGGGAGAAGGCGGGGUGGAGAAAUCUGAGCCCACUGCUGUUCCAGAACUGACCGGCGCAGAGACUGUAGCCUGUGGAGCAUCGGUUAGCUUUGCCGUCACCAGGAAUGGCCGUGUUUUUGCCUGGGGGAUGGGGACAAACCUGCAGCUGGGGACAGGGGAAGAGGAGGAUGAGUGGAGGCCGGUGGAAAUGACCGGCAAACAGCUGGAGAACCGCAGAGUGCUGUCCGUGUCCAGUGGAGGGCAGCAUACAGUCUUGCUGGUCAGAGACUGGUAACUCUGCAUACAGUGGCAUUUCGUAGCGACUUGGUUAAGAGAAUAUAAACAUUUGAUAGCUGUACAAUAGGGGUGUAUACGGGUAUGAUAGAGAUGCUUUACAUCAAGCUCAGGAGUCACACUUUGAGGUAUAGGUGCGUGUAACAAAGGCUUGAACUGCAACACGUUAGACUGCUUUCUGUCCAUGUAUGAGAAAAGAUGUUUCUCUAGCUUUUAAUGUUUCCAUUUGGAAGGAUAAUUGUUUAAAAUCUGUUUUACUGCCUUUUAACUCUUAUGGUUUGCUUGCAAUAAAAUGCGCCGG